UCCGGAUUCUCUUUAGCACAUUGCUUAUCACAUAUCCACGGUACAUAAAUAUUUUCAAGCUAGACACACAACUAUCAAAGGUUGAACUUUACAACUGUUCUAUAAGGACUCCCACUUUUAUAAAUGGUGCGCUACAGCGUCGUCUCAUCGUAGUUUUUUAUUUCCAGAUUCUGAUUCAUUUCUUUAGUCAUAUUUAAAAAACUACUAAAUAUGAGCCAACUCUUAAAACAGGCCAGGGAGUUAUAUAAGGCCGAAAAGUUUGAGGAGUGUUAUAGACUUACUGGGGAACUGCUAGUUAAUUCACAAGAUUAUGGGACACUCGUUAUUCAUGGAGCCUGUUGCUCUCAAAUUGGAAACGAGAAGGAAGCGAUUGAAUCAUAUUUUUCCGCUCUUUCGAUUGAUUCUACAAACAACAUGGCUUGGAUUGGUCUUUACAAUGAAACAAAGAAAAACCCGGACAAAAAUCAAAGAAUUCUCUUAAGAGUAUGCACAGUACUAGUCGGAAAAUGCUCAAAAUCAGACCCCACUGGAAAAUAUUUAGAGUACGCAAAAACGCUUGUUCAAAUCGUGGUUCAGUUUCGACUACCAUUACCCUUUGAUUUUAAUGAAUUUAAUGAUAUAUGCGAAUUUGUUCUUGAACACGAUCCAGACAAUGUAUAUGCUCUUGAAGCUACUUUUCGUUUACAAAUCGAAUAUUUCUUAUUCUAUGGAUUUCCUGAAUUUAUUGACCAGAGUUUAUGUAAUAAAUUAAAAUUCAAGAAUAUAACGCAACAGUCAAGAGUACCCUGUAUCACUUCAUCAGCUGUGUACCUCAAACGAUUAAAACAAUUUGAACAAAUGUUAGAAACAAUACAACAAUCAACCGAUGUAACUAAAACAACUCAUAUUACACUAUGUUUGAGUCAGUUGUUAUAUCGUUUAUAUACUUAUUUCAUUCCCAAUUAUUCAUCAACCAAUAAUGUGGAUGAUGAUACUACAAAUUCUAGCAAUCAGAAUAAUGAAAAAUGCUCAGAUUUAUGGAAUCUUAUUCAAAGUGAUAUUAACAAACUUGAUUUCAAUGGAGUUGUUGGAUUUGUCAACUGUUCAAAGAAUGGAAUAAUUGAUCUUCAUGCUGGACUUUUGUAUGCAUUGGCGGCGUUUAAGCUGUAUCAAUUCAAGAGUUGUAAUGAGAUCAUUACUACAUUAAUAUCUUUUAUUGAUAGAAAUUGUACACAAUUUUAUUCAGAAUCUGAAAGUUUAUCUGAACCUAUAUCGAAAUUUAUCAAUUAUGCAUCAAAUUCAAAUUUCUCUCAUCGUACAUUAUGUACACCAUUUCGUUUCAAUUUAAACGAACUUGAAGAGAAUAAUUUACCAACAAAAUAUAAUAUUUAUAUAAUAAUUAAUUCUUGGUUACGGAUACUAAAUAUGGCGAAUAUUUGUAAUUCAGAAAUUUCUACAAAAAAUACCCAGGAAAAUAUUGAAGUGAUUACUUGUCGAUUAGCAAAUACAAAAUAUAUCCCGUCUACUUGGAUAGAAGUUUAUCAAACUUUGUACUUGGAAUACUACCUAAUCGUUAAUAAUUUAGAAGUGGCAUUCAAUAUUCUUGAAAAGUGGAAAAUACAUCAUGGUUGCCAAAUGAAUGAGACGAUCCCAAAUAGUAUUGAUUUAUCUCCACGUUUUCGAAUAUGUCUGAUAUGGUUAAAAGUAUCUAAGCUUAUUUCUACCAAGUUGAUGAAUGAUUCCGAUAAAACAAUGUCACAGCCUAUUGUGAAUGAAUUUUUAGAUUUACUUAAAACGAAUAAUCUUACCAUUCAUUCAGCUCGUUAUCAGUAUUUGAUUGGUUAUGUAAUGAAAAUGUUUUCACAAUCUAUUACAAAUUAUCCUGAAACUAUGGGUCGUGAUCAACAAUUAAAUGCAUUUUCUCUUGGUGUUCAAUUGGACAAGUGUUAUUAUGCGAAUUAUUUACAAAUAGGUCAUAUACACCGUGAAAUGGAGAGUUUUAAAGAGGCAUUGACAUUCUAUGCUGAAGCCUAUCGUUUGAUGCCUGGUUCGCCAGUUUGCGCUUAUUAUUAUUCAGUGGCAUUGUGUAGGCAAGAAGAAUGGGAAAAAGCUUUAGAUGUGUAUUCAUUUAUUGAUCAUAUUGAUUUCACAAAAGAUAUGUGGCUUAAUUAUGGCUUAAUUAAUUUACGUUUGGGUCGAAUAAACGACUGUUUACCUGCAUUACAACGUGUUGUUUUAGCUAAAAAUGACGCAUUAUAUUGGGAAAUUCUCGGUGAAGCUUACUUAUUUCGUAGAAGUUAUGAAACAGCGGUAAAAGCUUUCAAUCGUGCUUUAGACCUAGAACCGAAUCGACCAUUUACACUAGUUCUAUGUGGAAGAGCUUAUCGUCAUAUGAAUGAUAUUUACUCCUCACUUUGUUGUUUUAAUAAUGCACUAAAAAUGAUUGAAAAUAAUUACAUGAUUGAUCGAUUAUACAGAAAAUUCUAUGUCUUGAUUGUGAAAGAAUUAAUUGAAAUUCAUAUGUCCAAAUGUCAGUCUGGCAUGUAUCAAGGAUUUACUGGUCAGGCGUUGAACGAUUUACAGCAUACUUUAACCUUGUUAAAUAAGUUAUUGAAUUAUUUCGUCGGUUCUAAAGUUGUACCAUUCUGGUUUUUCCGAUAUACAGGUGAUAUUCUUAGCCUAUUGUCUAUGAUUGAUGAUCCUGAAUUAUUAAUCGAUGUUCCGACACGUUUAGUUUCUUUAAUGAAUGGUGCUCAGUGUCUAACUGAAUCGAAAGAGCCUACGGAAACGAUUAAAGUCAAUAUCGUCACAUGCCUUCACCUUGGUGGGAUUUAUUUAGCUUGUGCUCUUCGUACAUCUAUCAGUUCAGUUCGAUAUCCAUCACAUUCAUUAGAUCCAAAUGUACUCUCUAGCAAUAAGAAUACUGAAUCGAGUACCAAUACUACUACCACUACUACGGCAACUACUACAACGGAUCCAUUGAAGUUAUUAUUAAUAAGUUCUAUAUUAGUUAGUUUAGGUAUCAAUCAACUUAAUCAAGGUUAUUAUAUACAACGUAAUAAUAUUUCACAGGAAUCAUUAAUGACAACAAAUCAAUUGGAUCAUAUUAUUAAACCAUUCAAUUUCAUUAUAAUACCAAAUGAAUUAUUUUAUUUAUCUGAAUCAACUUUAAAAAAUGCAUUACAAUUAUUAGAAAAUUUAUCGAAUAUCUAUGAUGAAUUAUUAGAAGAAAUAAUAAAAGAGAAAAGUUUACUUGAACCAGGUACAAUAACAACUGAUGAUGAAAUUGAGGAACAAGAUAUACGUGAUCGUAUUGCUUUAAUUAAAAAACUUCAAUCACGUGCAUGGGCUGCAUUAGCUGGUGUUUAUUCAACAAGUGAUGAAAACUUGGAUUCAGAAAUCACCUAUUGUCUUUGCCAAGCAUUACUUUAUAAUCCUGAUAAUACCACCGUGAUGGUUAAUUUGGCAAUGCAACAAAUGAAACAGGGUCAAACUGAACUUGCAGUUAAUUUGGUAGAACAAGCUAAAGCGAUUGAUCCAGAUAAUUUUAGAGUUUGGCUUGUUUCAGCUCAAUUGACUGCUGUCAUGUCUGGUACUCCGUCGAUUGGUCCUGGUUUAUUAGUCAAUACGGAAGUAUUGAGUCAUUUGAUACAUGCUGCGUAUACAGGUUCAAAUUACCAAGUAGCGUCACAGCUUACACUGCAUCUGAUGCCUAUAAUUAUUGAAUAUGCUGGAUGUAAUUUCCUUUGUGAUCCAUCAGCGUCAUCUUGUCCAUCAAAAAGUAUGUCAGAAUUAAUUCAAGUUUUCGAUAAACGAGCACAUCUACGCCUAUCUAUCAAUGUGGCUAUAGAAUGCUUAAAUCGGGCUAUCGCUUUCCAGCCUAAUAAUAUACGAUUAUGGCAUAAUCGGGGUAUAUUACUCCAAUUAGUGGGAUAUUCUGUGCCCGCGAAACAUUGUCUUCAAAAAGCUGUUAUGUUAUUGAAUAAACAAAAUCAGUUAUCAUAUCGUGAUAAUCCAAAUGAAUUGGCAUUUUUCAGUCUUGUAUUAUCUCAUUAUUUUCUUAUUACAUAUAUUUGUGGAUCACCUGAUUGGAAAACUGCUGAUCAACUUCUUAAUUUAACUAAAAAUCCAAAUUCUACAUUUUGUCAUAGUUUAGCUGAGGCAUGCGCUAAAGGCAUUAUAUUUACAAUGCAUCCAGAUAAUCCACCACAAGAAAAUUUAUCACUAAUAUGUUUAACUGAAGAAAUUCAACGUCUUGUUAAUCAAGGAUCAUUAGUUACUAAAUCUGCAUUACAAUUUCAACCAAAUGCUGGUUUCUUAUUAUUAUUAGUUAUAAAAUUAAUCAAUUGUCCAUAUUUUGGUCCAAUACAAGAAAUUCAAAAAUUACACACUUAUUUAACCGGGAUUAUGAAACAGACCCAAUUAUCCACAUCAUCAUCAUUAUUAUCGUCUUCUUGUUCAUCAACUGAUCAAUAUUAUAAUAUUUCAUUACCAUUAGCUUAUAAUUUAAGUCAAAUUGGUGUACGUUUAGGUCAAGAUGUUGAUUGGUUAAUGAAUUCACCAUUAUGUAAAUUAAUUUUUGAAAUUUCAUCAAAAAAACAAAUGGAAUAUGAAAAUUUAUCAAAUUUACCAGAUUUAUUUACUAAUCGUAUUAGUGAUAAUUAUUUACCAUUAGGUGGACAAUUAACUGAAAAUGAAUUAAAUAAUUGGAUUAUGAAUAAUACAUAUUUAUCAUUAUGUUCUUCGAGAAAAUCUUCUGGUCUAGCAUAUAUAUCACGUUAUUUAAUUCAACGUCCAAAUGAAUCAAUUCGAUGGAUAUUUUUAUUUGCUUGGUUAUUAAAUAAAAAUCCAAUUAGUCAAAUUACAAAUUUAUCUACGAUUGAAUUAAAACAAAAUACUCUAAGUAUAAAUACUUCAAUGGAGACUACAUUAACAAUCUAUACAAAUUUAAUUAUUAAAUGUUUAUUAUGUAUUAAUCAGUUACGUAAUGAAUGUCCUAUGAAUUCAAUAUUUGCUACAGCUUUAGUCAAUUUUAGUUUAUGGUGGUUAACUGUGAAUAAAGAUUAUCAAUUAUCUAUACAACAUCAUGAUUUAUAUAUGAAUUUAUUGUUAAAUUUACGACGUGCUGCUAUUCUCUUCCCAGAUACACCGAAUAUAUUGUCAACAUUAAAGUUAAUAUCAGAAAGAAUCUAAAUUUAUUGUCCAGUGUUUUUUUCUUUUUUGAAUUAACAUUUUAAAGAAUCAUUAUUUGCAUGGAUUAUUAUUAUUAUUAUAGAAAGUGAAUCGCAUCACCGAUGUUUUUUAUUCCCCUUUCGUUUUUACAGAUUAUGCUUUUACUAUAGAGUUGUUGUUUUUUUCUUGUUGUCGUUGUCGUUGGUGGUGGUGGUGGUGGUGCAAAACGUCUUGUUUUAGAUUCAACUAUAACUAACAAAUCUGAGGUCGAUUAAAAUCAGUUCAUAUUGAUAUUAUUUGUUUAUUUAUUUAAACACAUAAACAUUGAAACAAGGAAACAUCAAGUAUACAUGUGCUACACUUUAUAGUUCGAUUUGUUUAAGGGUCACUCCCUGAGUCUUUGACCUAUAAGUCUAAUCUUAUAAUGGGCCUCCAAAUGCCCUGGUACGGCCGAGAGUGGGGAGAGUCCGCUCUCCCUCUCGAAAUGCUUUCACACGACCACGCGUAUACAGCCUCCACCAAACAAGUCCUACUCACUGCCUUCUCGUGGCGGGGGUGUUGUUUACGAAAUUGAGGGGACGGAAAGCGAAAGCGGAUGUUCGGCGCUUUAACCGGAUUCCAAACCAAUGGUGCACAUGGGCUCCAGUAUCCUGAAGGAACAAAUGGCGUAUGAACCAAUCGGUGGGACUCAUCUCCUCACGAUGCUUCACUGCCUUGUGGAUCAGACCUUUAGGCCAAAGGCUCGGGGUGUGGCCACCUAUGAAAGCCACCUGCUUCGAUCUGGACACCCGGGCAGUAUUACAGCACACACACACACAUGCAAAUAUGGUGUGGCGCAUAUCUAUUUGGUGCCCUCUUGUACCGAUAUUUAUGUGUUCAAAUAAAUAAUGAACAUGGUAAUAGAGUGACGUUAGGAGGAAAUGCAGUCGCAUAGUAGCCGGUGAUCAAAAGUAGAUUGAUACGACACUUGUUUCUUCAGGAUCCUGUAGUCCACAUUCACUAUUGGUUUAAAAUCAGGGUUUCUCAACUCCCCUAGGUGUGUCCUCUAUAUUCGCCAACCCGUUUAAAGCUUCAGACAUUCAGUUGUCGUCCUCUGAAUUUCGUAAACAACACCCCUUGCCACGAGACUCGCGGCAGUGAGCAAGACUUCCCUGACAGUGACUGUGCAUGUGGGAGCAUUUGGAUAGGGUAUAUAUAUAUGUAUAAUGUAUACUGAUUCAUAAUUUCAGGAUCCAAAAAUAAAUACUGGAAUUUUUGUAAGCUUUUGGAUUAAUUAGUCAACUCAGUCAUAUCAGAUACAUCUUACGAAAAUAUUUACCAGCAUAUAUGAAACAACUUAGAUGUUUUCUAGGUUGUAUUUGUUACAGACUGAUUUCAGUUUCGGAAUUAUUAAAAACCGGAGAGCACAAUAGAGCUUUCUUCUCAACAUUGCAUACCUAUAGCCCUGUCACAAAUCAAAAACCAUACCUUCGAGUAUUAUCUUUAAACCCUUGAGUCAGUAUCCACUGGUUUAUAUUUCCAAAUUCAAUCAUUUCACAAUAUUAUGAUCGGUGGUAAAUGUCUAAUUCACAUGGUCAGUUCGUGAUGCAAAUUGUCUUCAAUUUGAAUAAUCUUAACAAGUUCCCUGUUUUAGUAAUCAAGAUUGUUUUAUUCAGUCAUUAUGAUGAAUUCAUAUCACAUGAUAUAUGAUAUGAAGUUUGCUAUUCGAGCGGUUGUUGUUAACUUCUUGUCCGGUUUCUGUAUCUUCAGAUGACUUCUACAUACGAACCGGAACAAUAGAGAAAAGUGAAAAGUUAGAAAUACAAGCUUCACUUCAAGGUUCAUUCAUGUACAGAAACCAACGAUAUUUCUAGGUUUAUUAAUAAACCGUUAAAGUCUAGAAACGAUGAGACUAUUAUUUAUGGGCGAUAUUUGAGUGACCUUGAGAGUGUCCAUCUACUUACUAGGCCAUAAUGAAGGUUGUAAAUCUGAGAGGAAUUAGGAUUAUAAUUUACUGUCGAUGGUCAGCGUUAAGAAUUAGACAUAGGGUAUUUCAUCACGAAUUGAUAUAACCUAAAUGCUAUUUAGCCAAGUGGAUAGAUGGAAUUCGAACCAAAUCCAGGACCUAUUAACCCAAAUCUGAUUGGUUCGUCCAUAAAUCAUAGUCUUGCCGGAAGGUGUUUUCUCUUUUCAUCAAACAAAUUACAAUACCUGUUGUAUGAAGACCCUGCAAAGAUUCAUUUAAAGUAGGGUGAACAUAAAAUAGACACCAACUAUUUCUCAGUGGUUAAGUACUUGCACUAUUCAGUCGUAUUUCUCUAAAAACAAAACGUCAAAAGCUUUAAUUCGUUACAACAGCUCAUCUGACAAACAGUAUUUCUAUACUUCUGUCGGAUGUGUAUUGGAAUUUAUUCUUCUAUAUAAGUUAUACUAGUAAAGAAUUAAGUAAAAUCUCUUGUAAUGUUAGGCAUUUGAGAGGGAAUGAGAUUUAAAUAGUACCAAUGAAUAGACAGUUUACGUUGCAAUUGUGUUUACACUGUGGGCGACUGGAGAUAUAACUAUGUACGAAAUAUAUCUAGGAGGACUGGCUAGAACAUUAUAUAUAUAUAUAAUUCGAGCUUCAGCAUUUCCUAACAAUAUUGAGUUCGGUCAUCUACCAAAUAGUUUGUAAUUGGAUACACUCCACAUAAAGCAUAGUUUUCUCCAACGGAUAUGAAUGAUGUGUCACUUGAAGUACAAACUUCUUACAACCAUUGAUAUUAAAAACCAGUUACAGUACAAUACCAUUAAGUUACCGUUUUGCGUUGCUGCGCAAAUACUUAUUCCUAUUUAAAGCAACAGAAAAUCUUUCUUUCUGAAAACAAACUGUUUAAUUCAAUAUUAUUUACCAGUAUAGAGUUGUGAAGAUUGUUGAGUUUUGACUGAGAUCAUGAGUCAACCAAUUUUGGACCACAAUCGGUACCUGUGACCAAUGGAGCUAAUCCCUGUCGGGUGUGAGGCAGUUGUCCAACGAAGACAAUAAAAGACGAUCGUGCAAUUUAGUGGGUUUACUGAUGUAAGACAUUAAUACCGUUGCAUGCCAGCUCAGUAGUCAAGAGAUUAAACCGGAUAUACUGGGUUCGAGUCCCACAUGCGAGAUCGUGGAUGAGCACUGUUGAACCCCAUACUAGGACAAAACGACCAUCCAGUGUUUCGGGUUUUCAAUGGUGGUCUCAGUCAGCUACAACGUAGGACCAGGUACAUACAUGCAUCGAUCAAAGUUGCCAUACCACAUUAGCACAGCAAGAUGAACACUGGAUUCAUAGGAUUGGUUAAGUCAAUGGUGGUAAUAUAUAAAGGAAAGAUUGCAUAUAAGGAUAUAGUACGUAGAAAGAAAGAUGAAGCGAUUUUAAACUCUUAGUUUAAGGGAAGACAGAGUGUAAUACACCUACACCAUUGUGAUCGAUGCUGAGCCAUGUCACCCAGAGUCUCCAACCAUUGAUUACGAUAGUCACGCGGACCCCAACCGAGUAAUCUGCAACUACCAACAUGGCUAAGACUAGAAGUUAGUGACUUCAAGCGCUGAUCUGACGUUUUGUUUUGGCUGCCCCUAAAUUUCUUCCAACCAUCUUCAACACUGGUUAGCAUGGUGCUCUGACUUAGAUCGAUUCCUGAUCUCAAUCAAUACUAUUUCUUGAAAUAUUAUUUACAAAUGAAAUCCGCAUAACAACAUGGUAGAAUUCGUUGACAUUUGUGC